AUGGUUCGCUCGACGCUGUCAGAGACAUCCGGCGUUGAUGGAGGGCUGGAAGAGCUGCAGCCCGGCUUGAAGAUUCUGGCUGAUGGAGGCAAGCCCAAGCAGCAAGAUCUUCUACGAGAGCUGGUAGAGGGUGUUAUCAAGACAGCAGAAUUCGAAUACAUUGCCGAGGGCCGCGCGAACGCGGUCUUCAAGGUCAACUCGGCGCCCGGCAUCGACCACCUGGCCGGCUGGCUGCUGCGCGUGCCCAAGCAGGUUGAGGGCGCCACGCCGCACAGCUAUGAAGAGCUGCAAAAGUACAGAGAAACGGUCGUCGAGCCGAGGGUCGGCACCAAGCACCUCGUGCCGCAGCUCAUGGUCAGCGUGCCCGCCGAGGGGACCAGGGCCAUGAACGAGCAGAGGGAGCUGCGCUCGCGCCGCAAGGAGCCCUCGAGCUCCAUCGCCGCGGGCUUCGCCAUGCUGAUCCAGGACAUGAACCCGCGCGCGGGGCACGGGGACCUCGGCCUCGAGUUCAAGCCGAAGUGGCUGGCGCAGUCCCCCAUCGCCCCCGGCGACGCCGUGCGCUGCCGCACGUGCGCGCGCGAGGCAUGGAGAAACCACGAGAAGCAGGCCGAGGGCAAAUCGACCAAGACCCCGGUGUGUCCUAUAGGCCUGGUGGAUCCGGACCCGGCACACGUCCUGUACACGGUGGAGCUGCUCGCGCCCGACUGGUCGCCUUCGGAACAGCACCGUCUCCGGGACGCCUUCUCCGGCUCCGGCAUAUUCCAGAAGCUCAGGGACUUGCAGGUGCGGGGCGAUCCCGGGGACACCAUGUUCACGAACCCGCAGUCCGAGGGCUUCGGGCUCGCCAUGACGCUGAGGGACUGCACGUGUUUCGUGCGCAUGUCCAGGACCGGGGAGGGCGAGGUCGAGAUCAAGCUUGCCGACGUCGACAGGAAGAACUGGGAGAGCAAGGCCGAGUACUGGCAACACAGUCAUACGAAUCUGGUGGACAAUGGGUAUUAUCACGGGACAGAAAGUCCGAGAAUGGCGACGAAAUGCGUUCUUGAGAGGACGGCUGCGUAG